AGUCUAACCGAAUAGCUUAAUUUAUUUUGUUUGGUUUGACUUGAUUGUACUAAGGUAUUUCUAAAAUUGUGAAAUUAACCGAAGUAGCCAGGAAGCUGCUGGAUCGCAGAAAAUCCAGUUGAUUUGUUGAUAAUGAGUAAUGCCUGUUAAGAUCAAUUUGCUUUGAUUAGAAACCAAGGAUUCCUAUACGUAGCAUGAUGAAGAAAGAGGCAUUGGAAAGGCCAUCUCCAGCAAAUUAAGAAGAGCAGAGGUUGAAUCACAUCGUCAGCAUGGCUCAACUUGCAGUAAGUUUCAUCGUACCAAGGGUUGCGAGAAAACUAUCCGAUGUCCUCAUUCAAGAAUCGGCACGAUUGGUGGAGGUUGCGGAUCGAAUUCGUUGGAUUGUAAAAGAGCUGGAGUACAUGCAGAAAUUCGUACAAGACCUUGAACGCUCCAAUUCCAAUCAGUUGGAGGAGAUGUUUGAGGAGAUAACAAAUGUUGUUGCGCGCCAAGCAGAAGAUGUCAUAGACACUUUCCUCAACAAGUCAGUCAAUAGAAGGAAGAAAGGAGUUCAGUAUUUGUUAGAGAAAUACGACAUUGCCAAAGAACUGGAGCCGAUCUGCGACAGGGUGCGAGAAAUCUCUGAGAGAAUAAGUAACUAUUUGAAUGAGCCAAUAGCUGUGACCAUUGAAACUCCACGAGUAAGAGCCACCACAAUAGUAUCCCCAGCGCUGGAGGAGCUUGAUCACAUUCUGACCCAAAAUUUAAUUAUCCUGGAUGAGGAGCUGAUCGAGAUAGUAGAGCAUGUGAGAGAUAAGGACCUUGGCGACACACACAACAUUGUGUCUAAAUUAAACUCAGCAGAGGAAUCCAUUCACAGUCAGAGUCAGAGAGCAAGGGUGUGGUUGAAAGAUAUAGAGAACAUUUGUGCUGAUACAGUUGCUGUUGCUGAAAAUUUCAUCGCCACAAGAAGAAAAAGGCUGUCAAGAACCGGGUGGCUUUGGCAGGUUUUCUAUUUUUUUGAGCAACGUGUUUCCGAGAGGAAAUUUAAGCAGCAGAUGGAAUAUAUCCGCACUCAGCUUGAAGAUGCACUUUACAGAAGGUGGACUUUCGGAGAUGGAGGGAAGGACAUGGGAGACAAAAUAGGAUCAAGAUCAAGACCUGCUCCGAGUUUGUCACUAGUACGGUUGACACUGGCAAAAGUCCCACUCUUCCUUUUCAACAGCUCCUUUGCCCCUUUGUUGUUUGUCGCCGUUAUAACUACCAUCGACUUUUUCAUGUUUGGUCGAAAACGCAGAGCAAGAGAGCAUAAACUUAAGGAGAAAAAAAAAUCAAGACAGCUUACCCCUUUCUUGUGGUUCGAUUUAGUUGAUUUUAUGGUUUACGUCUUCUUCUAUGCUUUUCCUGCCGAAUUAUGGAUAGUCUUACAAUUCGUCUGGAUAGUCUAUACAGUUAUUCCCUUGUCUGUGUCUUUGGAGAGGAGUUUGGACGAGAAUUUGGAGACAAUCCGAAGAUACUUAGCUCUAAUGGAUGCGUUAUUCAGUGACAUAAACACUGAAAGCGCAGAGGGCCUGAAUAAAAGACAGCAGGUGUGGGUGAACCAAUUAAGACUCGUGGCACAUAAGGUUCAUUCUCUUUCUGCGUAUCCAAAGCCAAGGGGUUGGAAUAUCGUUAACAAAAUUAUAUUUGCGGAGGACAUCACCGACUUUUUGAAUGAAAUUCUUGAUAUUUCAGACAAGAAAAACAUUUAUGGAUUUGCAAGUAUACAAGGAAGAAAGGAGUUGGUAUCAACAGUCCAAAGGAGCGAGAGCAAAGACAUUGCUGAACAUUCCGGUGCCCAUCCACAGCCGCAUGCCUCCUCUUCCUCAUAUCAGCGUGUCACAGGGCUCAGAUCGAAAUACCAAUUAAUCAAAGACGAAAUGGACUUGAUGAAUGCACUGAUUGAUGAUGUACGAGAGCUUGGAAAACUAGAGGGAAGAUCCGAAAUCUGGGUUGAGCAAAUGAAAGGUAUUGCCUCAGAGGCCGAAGCUGUCAUCCGCGAGUGUGAUAGUGAAUUGGAGAGUAACCACUAUUUCAAACACCUGCUGGUGCGGUAUAAAAUUAUGGGCAAGAUAGACCGGAUCACAGAGGAAAUUGAAGAUGCCUCGAGAAGAAGAAACGCAUAUGGCUUGGUUCAACUUCAAUCCCGAGAUGAGUCACUGUCCACGGUUCAAAUGUUACGUCGAAAGUCAGAACAACCAUCUCUCAUUGGCAAAGAAUCCAUAAUCGUUGGUAAAGAAUUCACAAUCAUUGGCUUCAAUGAAGACGUGGAUUUUUUGACGGACCACUUACUCUCGAAUGAGGAAAGUUGCUGCGUUACUUCAAUAGUAGGAAUUGAAGGCACGGGUAAGACAACACUAGCCAGAUUGAUUUUUGACAACAAAGCUGUUGAAGAUGGUUUUACUUGUCGAGUACCAGUGUCAGUGUCUCCAGGUUGCACAGUUGACAAACUUUUAGAAGAAAUAGCGAAGGAGGCUGCCACACAAAUUAUGGGAGGCCAACGGAACAAAUGGACAAUACAAGAAGCACUCAGAGCCUUGGGGAGUACAAAGUAUCUCAUACUUGUUGAUGGCAUUGAAACUUGCCAGCUUUUGGACAGCUUGACAGAGGCCAUACCUGACAAGUCAAAAGGAAGCAGAUUUCUUCUUACCACUCGCAAUGCAAAUAUUGUAGCCCGACAACCAGGUACAAGAUCCUUUGUUUACCAUCUACAGUUAUUGGACGAUGAAAAUAGUUGGAUUCUUUUCAAAAAAAAGUUGAAAGUUCCCAUUCCCUCAGAACCAAAACUAAUAGAGGUUGCAAAAAAAAUUGUGGCCAAAUGCGGGGGCCUGCCAUUGGAAAUAUUAAAAAUGAGUGAAUUACUAUCAAAUAAAGAUGUCACAGAAGAGCAGUGGUCAAGGGUGCAAGAGCAGCCCAAUCCAAGUCAAAACCCAUGGUCUGAAACACUUAGCUCAGUCACCAUCAGCUUACCUUCACAUCUGAGGAGAUGCUUAUUUUAUCUUGAAUUAUUCCCUGCUAAUUUUGGGAUUCCUGCAAGAAGAUUGGUUGUCUUGUGGGUUGCAGAGGGUUUAGUGCAGCAUGGGGAGAACCAAGAGCCACCAGAGCAAGUCGCAGAGAGAUACUUGACAAAGCUGAUAGAUCUGAACUUGGUUCAAAUUGCCAAGAGAAGGCCCAAUGGCAAGGUCAAAACAUGCCGUCUCCCUAAUGCUUUGCGUGAAAUUUUGGUGGAAGAAGUCCAGGCUAGAAAGGAUUUGAAUUCAGUCUCAAAUAUUUCUAGAAUACGUCAGGUGGCUGAUCGUCUUGACAGAAAAGAUAAAUGGGACAAACAUAUGCAUGGUAUCACUACAAGUGAUUCAGCUUCCUUGGGAAUCUACAAGGAUGUUUUCUCCUUCCUGUCCUUUGAUUUUCGAGAAGGAAGUAAACCUGGCCAAGACAUAAGUAACUUUCUGAACCUGUGUAUUUCUAGCAAGUGUCUUUUACUGCUUCGGGUGCUUGAUCUCGAAGGCGUUCACAAGCCUGAGUUGCCCGAAAACAUUAAAAAGCUUGCUCGAUUGAGGUAUCUUGGCCUAAGAUGGACUUAUUUGGAGUCACUUCCAUCAUCUAUAAGCAAAUUGCUGAAACUCCAAACUCUUGAUCUGAAGCAUACUUACAUACAUACUCUAACCAACUCCAUCUGGAAGAUGGAACUGAGACACCUGUUCUUGAGUGAGACUUAUCGUACCAGAUUUCCACCCAAACCAAGAGCUGCAGGUGAUUCUCUGUCUGACCUCCAAACAUUGUGGGGACUUUUUGUAGAUGAAGAGACUCCGGUGAAGGGUGGUCUGGACAAAUUGGUCAAUAUCAGAAAACUGGGAAUAGCAUGCCAAUCAAUGUCACCAGAACAAGGGGCAAUGCAAUCACAACUUGAUGCAGUAGCUGACUGGAUUGUGAAAUUAGAAUACCUUCAAUCACUGAGGCUAAAAUCAAGAGAUGAGAAAGGUCGACCUUGGAAUUUACACUUGAAGUCUUUGAAAAAUCAUAUUAAUCUCACUGACAUAUAUUUGCUGGGAAACUUGAACGGUCCAUCUAUUCUGACUCAGUUACCUCCAAAUCUUGUUGAACUUACCCUAUCACAUUCAAAACUUGAGGAAGACCCCAUGAAAAUUUUGAAAGAUCUUCCAAAUCUCCGCUCAUUGUCUUUACAUGCAGAAUCCUACAUAGGAAUAAAAUUGGUCUGCAAUUCUAAAAGCUUUCCUCAGCUUUAUGUUCUAAAAGUUUGGAAGCUGGAACAAUUGAAGGACUGGGAAGUAAAGCAACAAGCACUUCCCUCUCUUAGACAACUGGAAAUCCGAUCAUGUCUGCGCAUGACAAAGCUUCCUGAUGGACUAAAGCAUGUUAACAGUCUCCUUGAGUUGAAAUUGACAAAUAUGCCAGUGGAAAUUAAUACUGACAAGCAUAACAUUCCGCCCAAUUGUGAAGUCCACAGAGAUGACUCCGCCCAAUUGUGAAGUCCACAGAGAUGAUUCCACCCAAUUUGAGGAGGGUUUGUCUACAAUGGCUUGUCAUGAAGGAAGCCUUAUGGGCAUCAGUGAUUGAAGGUAAGUUUGGUUCUUCUCAUUGAAGGCUAUUUCUUGAAAGAAUUUGUAUUGGGGCAUGUAUUUUCCUUGACUAUGUUGUGUAAUCCAAAUCCUGAUUGAGGGAGUUGUUGUCAUUUGUGUGUGGGACAAGAAUUUGUAACAAGACAUAUUUUCCUUGCAUGUGUUGUGUAAUCCAAAUCUGAACUGACUUUGUGCUAGUUGUUCUGAUUCUUGUGAGAGAAGAAUUUGUGUUUGGAUGUGUUUUUUCUUUUAUUAUAUUGUGUAAUCCAAAUCUCUCCUGAUGACUGAAGGCCGGGAGUGAUGGUUUGAUUGUGUAAUCCAAACCUUGAUUCAUGAGUGAAGUGUCUGAAUUAUUGAAUUUUCUUA